AUGGCAGGUUAUUUUUACCCAGAAAUUCUUUUCCCGGCAGUAAUAAUAGUUUCUUAUUUUGUCGACGGUGGGCUCUCGGGUUUGGGCGAGUCCAAGUGCUUGCGGGUCCCCCAAUCAAAGUUUUCACAGACGGUGGGGACCACAAUUAGUGAAGUCCGGCAGGUGGUCAACACCAUAUCCAAAUUUUCCGGCAAUGUUACCGAUUUCCGGCUUAACAACGCCACUGCCGACUGCCUUUACUUGAUGGACUUUACCGUUGACCUGUUGACCUCCGUCCUUUCUGUUUCCAUGAAUCCAAAUGGGGUCAUGAAAUAA